CGAACCAGGGCCGCUGCUCAGAACUUCCGCCGUCUGUCUUAGUACGUUUUUAUCGCUCGAAGAACGGACAUAGGGUUGAGCGCUGCCGAGAACUUUUCCGAAGCGAGACGAGAUGACCCUUGCAGCCCGUUUUGUGUUAAGCGCUGUCCUACUGUUAGCCACGUGCUUCGCCAUUCCGGUGGCUCAAAAUGGUACCGGGCUCGGUGCGGCGCUCACUAACAUCGCCAACAGCUUCGUGGUGGUGAGCGAGGAUGUAGAACUGGAGCCCCACCCGACCAGCAGCGGUGGCCACGGGGAGGAAUCUACUGUGCCGGAAGCGCAAAGCGUGCUGCAUCUCGAAUCGGCCAACGUGCUUCCCUCGCUCGUGCACAUUUCGCUCACGCCCGAGGAGCACCACAUAAAGGCGGAAACGGCCGAGCUGGUGUACACCAACGAUACCGAUGCGCAGGGCGUGGUAAAGAUAACGAUCGUGUCGGAGGAAGAGGACUUUUCCGGCGAUUCCACCACGGACACAGCGACCGUACGGGAGGAAGAUGAUGACGUCGUUACUACGGAGGAAACCACCACUGAGGAGGAGGAGGAUGAGCUUACGACGCUAGAGCCACAGAGCAGCUCCAGCAGUAGCGCGACGACCGUUGGAUCCACUGCGCCACCGGAACCGAUCCUGACCGUGCUCGGUGCGGAUGAAGUGGACAAGGACAGGGAGGAGGAAAUUAAGGAAAACAUUAAGGAGGUGGAAGCAAUGCCAGUGAUAUUGACCGUAGGCGUUUAGCGGUGCCUUUCUGCUUUGUGUUUUUCAAAAUAAAUGAAUUAUUUUUCACGAGUUAUCUCUUCUUCCA